UAUGGUAAAAAGAGAAGAACAAGAAACUUAGGUGGUCUAAUUUACAAUUGAUUCGAAAUAUUCAUAACCUGCCUUUGCCCUUUCACCGCCCAUAUUACUUCCGGUUCGCCGGAGAACCACGCGAUGGCGCCGGUGAGAACUGCUGGCGCCGUCGCCACACUGCUCUCGUUAGCCGUAGUCUGUUAUUUCCUCUGUAAAACGACUCAACAAAAGUCUUCCCGAAGAAACAAACUUCAAAGACGUAGAACUGGACUCGUCGCCGCCAUUGGCAACACUCCUUUAAUCAGAAUCAAUAGCCUCUCCGAUGCAACUGGCUGUGAAAUUUUGGGGAAAGCAGAGUUCUUGAAUCCUGGAGGGAGUGUAAAAGACAGGGUAGCUGUGAAGAUUAUUGAAGAGGCCCUGGAAUCAGGAGCAUUAGCUGAAGGUGGAGUAGUUACAGAGGGCAGUGCAGGAAGCACAGCCAUUAGUCUUGCAACAGUAGCACCUGCUUAUGGGUGCAGGUGCCAUGUGGUUAUUCCAGAUGAUGCUGCUCUCGAAAAGGCACAAAUACUGGAAGCACUAGGAGCUACUGUAGAAAGGGUCAGGCCAGUUUCUAUCACACAUCGAGACCAUUUUGUUAAUAUUGCAAGGAGAAGGGCGCUGGAAGCAAGUGACUUAACAUCGACCACCAGAAAAGGAAACCAAAUUGAUGCCAAUGAUUCUAGUCAAAUCAAUGGUCACUCAAUCAGUGAGGAAAAACAGAAUAUGCAGUUCUUGUCUGAAUGCAAGGGUGGAUUCUUUGCAGAUCAGUUUGAAAACCUUGCUAAUUUCAGGUCACAUUAUGAGGGCACGGGGCCAGAGAUUUUUGAACAGACAGGUGGCAAGUUGGAUGCUUUUAUUGCUGCUGCAGGUACAGGUGGCACUGUUGCCGGUGUUUCCCAGUAUUUGAAGGACAAAAACUCAAAUAUCAAGUGCUUCCUCAUUGAUCCUCCUGGCUCUGGUUUAUAUAACAAGGUAACAAGAGGAGUGAUGUACACGAGGGAGGAGGCGGAAGGACGAAGGCUGAAGAACCCAUUUGAUACAAUAACUGAAGGGAUUGGAAUAAAUAGACUAACUGAAAAUUUUAAGAUGGCAAAACUUGAUGGAGCUUUCCGAGGCACAGAUAUGGAAGCUGUUGAAAUGUCCAGGUAUCUGUUGAAAAACGAUGGCCUAUUUAUUGGAAGUUCUUCAGCGAUGAAUUGUGUUGGAGCUGUCAGAGUGGCCAAGGCACUAGGUCCAGGGCAUACAAUUGUGACAAUCUUGUGUGACAGUGGUAUGAGACAUCUCAGUAAAUUUCACAAUGCUGAAUACCUAUCUGAACAUGGGUUGACACCUUCAGCAACUGGUUUGGAGUUCCUUGGUCUUAGUUGAUCUAUGGCUAGUUCAUCAUUUUAAUUUUUACUUUUUUUUUUUUGGUUGGGGGGGGGGGGGGGGGGGUCCUCACGUCAUUUAAAUUCAUGACAGCACCAUCUCAGCUUGGUUAGGUUCAUCUCUUGGUGUUCAGAUACAAUAGUAUUUAGAAGCCGAGCUAAUGUUGUAUGCACUCUGGUAGAAAGAGAAAAUUUUGACAAUUUUUUUACUGUAUAAGUUUCCCUUCAUUAGGGUCUCUAUUUUACGGAAACAAUAUUAUUUCCGGUGCCAUUAUUCCUACUUCUGCAGCUGUAGGUUUACAUUUUUACCCAAUCUGGGAAGCAGCAUCCGUUGAUGAAUGGUUAUACGAUCCUUAUGAACUAAUUGUUCUACACUUCUUACUUGGCGUAGCUUGUUACAUAGGUUGUGAGUGGGAGCUUAGCUUCGGUCUGGGUAUGUGACCUACAGGAUACAGUUUGACAGAAUAUUAAAGGCAGGCCUGUCGCAAUGAUUUACUCUA